GUACAUUUUUAAUGUCGAAUAUCCAGAUUCCGGUACAGCUCUAUGUUAUUCUUUGCGUAUAUAAACUGUUGCGGGGAUUAAAAUCCUUCCAUUAUAUUUCGGGACACUACAAAGUGAUCACGAAAUGAGUCCCUCGAGACCCAAACUCUGCGACAAGAAGUUAAAAUCGGCUGAAAUUAAACUAUUAAAAAUACUCCAUAAAAUAGAUAAUAUGAAACUAAGUAACUCGUAUAUAUCGCGAUUAAUGUUACCAGAGUGUAAAAAGCCAUUUAUUUCUGAAACUUUUAAUCAAAACAUCACAUUUUAUUACUUGGGUAUUGCUGUUUUGAUAAUUAUAUUUACGUAUUGGUGGAUUUAUCCCAGUUUCGCUUCGGAGCGAUGCACUCUAGAAAUUCCGUCUACAGCGCUGACUCUGUUCCGUCCGCCGGAAGACUGCUCGAUGUGUGAUAGCGUGUCACAGGUGGCCAGACUCGGUAACCUCACGCCUGAGGAGUUCGAGCGCCGCUUCGCCUAUAGCCCCACGCCGGUCAUAGUCACCGACGCGACCCGGCACUGGAAAGCUAUCAAAGAAUUUAACUUCAAUUUCUUCGCUGAUUUUUAUCGUAACGGUAAAAUGGGCAACAAGAUCAACGAAUGUUUCUUCUUCGCCUAUAAAUCUGGUCUGCGUUCGCUGGGGGAGGUGUUGUCUAUGGAUGCGGCGCGCGCCAACCUGUCGGGCGCACCCUGGUACGUGGGCUGGAGCACCUGCUACGACGAGGAGACCCGCCGGCUAAGGCAGUAUUACGACCGACCCUACUUUCUGCCGAGAACCGCAGAGAGUGAUACUAUUGACUGGAUAUUUAUGGGUGGGCCCGGACAAGGAGCUCAUAUGCACGUGGACUCGGUGCGGCGCGUGUCGUGGCAGGCGCAGGUGCGCGGCCGCAAGCGCUGGCAACUGGCACCGCCGCCCGAGUGCCUCUACACCUGCCGCGCCCUCACUCUCACCGUGCAUCCCGGGGAGAUACUGGUGGUGGAUACAAACCGGUGGUACCACAUGACGCAUGUGUUACCCGGAGACCUCAGCAUCACCAUCGGCGCUGAAUACGACUGAACAUACUAAUCAGCUCCACUACUGAACUCUCUACUCACACUGAACAACUGAUAUCUAGUUCUAGUGAUUUGUAUUGACUACUGGCGUUUGCACGU